AUGGGCCUAAAAAACACCAUCUUCUUUCAGAACGGAUAUUGUUAAAAAUCUUUUGGCCAUUCCAACCAUGUUGCUCAAUCAUCCCUUUUAAGACGUAUUACUUCUCCAGUUUUAGGGUUCCCUCCAACUUCAGACUCCACAAGGAAUACACAAACUAUUACACAGAGCCAAAAAGAGGUGCAGAGUGUUGGGGGGCGAUAUAAAUGGUACAGAUGACAUCUAGAGUCAACGGGUCUGCUGGGAGGGGCUGGCUCUCUGGGGUAGACGUUUACCGGUGACUUGCUCCUUUAUCCAGGUCCCACGCUCCCAGCCUUGGAGACUGCCCAGCCACUCGCCUGCCUGCUUGGAAAGCACCAGCUCGCCCCGCCCAGCCCGAGGACCCGCUCCCAGCACCCAGUGCCCGCCGGCAUGGCCCUGCCACCGCUCGGAAGCCGGCGCCUCCUCGCCCGUCCGCUGCGUGGCGUCCCGGGGCUCGUUCCGUUGUUGCUGCCGCUGCUGCUGGCGCCACUCUGGGCUGGGGCCAACUGCCCAUGCCAAGAUCCAAAUCUGUGCCGCCCGAUCAGCCACCGCCCCAACUUCGAGGUCUUUGUGUUUGAUGUUGGAGAGAAAACUUGGAAAUUUUAUGAUUGGUCACAGAUUACAACUGUGGUACUUUUUGAAACAUAUGACUCAGAACUUAUGUGCCAUGCUCAUUCAAAAGGAGCCAGAGUAGUUCUAAAAGGAGAUGUAUCCUUAAAGGCUAUCAUGGAUCCUAAUUUUAGAGCAUCCUGGAUAGCUCAACAAGUUCAGUUGGCCAAAACACAAUAUAUGGAUGGAAUUAAUUUAGACAUAGAACAAGAACUUAGUUGUUCAUCACCUGAAUAUGAUGCAUUAACUGCUUUAGUCAAAGAAACUGCAGACUCAUUCCAUCGUGAAAUUGAGGGAUCACAGGUAACCUUUGAUGUUAAUUGGUCUCCAAGGUACACAGACAGGUGCUACAAUUAUACUGCAAUUGCAGACGCUUGUGACUUUGUCUUUGUGAUGUCUUAUGAUGAACACAAUCCAGUCUGGUCAAAAUGUACUGCAGCAGCCAAUGCUCCCUAUAAUACGACAUUAACUGGAUAUGAUGACUUCAUCAAGAAGGGCAUCAACCCUAAGAAACUUGUAAUGGGUCUUCCCUGGUAUGGUUAUGAUUAUACCUGCCUGAAUCUUUCAAAGGAUGAUGUUUGUUUCACUGCAAAAGCCCAUUCUCCACCUUGUAGUGGUGUUUUAACACAUCAAGUGCCAUAUAAAGAGAUUAUGAAGCAAGUAAAUAGUUCCCUUUCUGGAAUCCAGUGGGAUAAAGAUCAGAAGUCUCCUUAUUAUAAUUAUAAAGACUCUGAUGGCCAUAUUCAUCAAGUGUGGUUUGACAACCCUCAGAGCAUUUCUUUAAAGGCAGCAUACAUACAAAACCGUGGCUUACUCGGCAUUGGCAUGUGGAACGCAAACUGUCUUGACUACUCUGGAGACCCUAUAGCCAAACAGCAAACUGAAGACAUGUGGAGAGCCUUAAAACCAAAGCUGUGACAGAGAUGAAUAUCUUCGUCAAACUAUUAAGAUUUACAAAAAUGAUCUGUAUAAAUAGAUCUAGUUUCUUGGAGAUAAAAAAUGUAUACAUUUUUGUCAUGUUGCUA